AUGGCAUCUGCUCACCUGUGUGUUGUACGUAACGUCCGACGAAGGAAACAUGUGGUGGGGAUGAAGUCUUUGGAGUUAUGGAUUGACAAGGUUAAAGUAAAUUGGGCAUGCAAUAUGACAUGUAUUACCAAAUGCAAUCAGUGCAAAUUUACACUUAUCCACAUAUUUGAUUCCUGCGUUCAUCCAUUAAGAGCAAUACUUGAUUUGUAUCAGAGAUGUUUCAAUUAUGAAUUACCGGAGCUGUCAAGUUUAGUUGGUUUUAUUUUGCAUCAUUUCUAUAUAUGGCUGCAGGAUACUUCACGAUUUGAUGAAAUAUACAGAAAGCUGAAUCUAGAUAUUCAGUCACUCAUUCAUGAGCUUUCAUUAUGGAGUGGUCUAAAUAGGACAGCAGUAACAUGGCGUAAAAGCAUUAAAAGUAUUUAUUUAAUUGAAGCGCUUUUUGUUGGCACACGUUAUGAUGUAUCGCAUUUGGAACUAAUUGUUGAUAUUUUCAAGUUAAGGAAUGAUUUGAUGGUAGAUAUAAUUGUUUACAUAGUGCAGGAGAUGAUAGAGACGAAGAAUUAUCGAAAUGCAAUCGUAUGUCUGACAGUAUUUGACAUGAAAUCACAUUUUCCGAUUUAUGACGUGGUCAUACCAUGCAUAUGGCGAAAUCAUUUAAGUGCAGUCAGAACAUUCAUGAGAAAUGAGAAGAGCAUGCAAUUAGAAGUUGCAAGAUAUUUCGAUGGUUUGAUCUGCCCUGAUGAAUUUUGUGAUGCAGUUGACGAACAUAAUUAUUGUCUUCGUGAGGUCGAUAUCAGCAAGAAUCCGGCUUUGAAAUUUAAAGGAAAAAAAAUGGAAAAGCUUGUUUCCAGACUCGUAGAUCUAAAUAAUUUAUCAUUCUAUAUAGUCCCAAAUUUUACUCGCUGCAGACGACAAGAUGCGCUUAAGCAUAUAGCUUUUUUGUAUUUCAAUGAGCAGCGUGUUAGUGAAGAGGGAUACUUUGAUUAUGUUGCCCAUGCUUUACAGUCCGACACCGAACUACAGGAAUUUUAUGUCACUUUCCUCUACCGUAAGGGAAGAUUAAAUGAUGCAAUUCGAUGGGUCGUUCACUUUGGUUUGAUAAAGUGCAUGCCAGGGAAUUUAACAUUACAUAUGACCUCUAAUGCAAUUACUGAAGCUCGAGUUGAUUUGGCAAGGCUGAUUAUUGGGAGGGCAGAUAUAACAAAUGUAGAGCUAUUUCCUGGCUGUCCAAUCACAGUCAUAGCACAUGCUAAGCAGUUGAACAAGUUAUGUCCAAUUAUUGAACAAGCUGAUUUAAUUGGAAUCGAUUCUGAAUGGAAGCCACUGUUUAUGUGUUCAUAUGAAAAAGUGGCUCUUAUUCAAGUUUGUCUCCGGAAUUCAUGUUAUUUGAUAGAUGUUAUCACUUUGGAGAAGGAACUCACUGAGUGGGAGUGGGCCAAAUUUUUCAGAGUUUUGUUCUGUGACAGCAAAGCAAUAAAGAUAGGGUUCGAUUUUGUAAAUGAUAUGAGAGCUCUAAGGACUUCGUUUCCGUACUUGCAACCCUUAAAAGAGAUGAAAAACCUUCAAGUAUUUAUGUCAGAGCAUAGAUUUCAGCUUUUGGCUGCAGAACCAAGAUUUUUGGAUUCGAUUCAUGCGGUUAGAUCUUCUGAAUCAGAUGUAAAGAGCUCUAUGUUUUAUACAUCAUUUUGUGAUGAAAAAAGGCAUUUUCGACUCAGUGAUUUAUGUAAUGAAAUACUUGGCACGCCUCUUAAUAAAAAAGAGCAGCUAGGAAACUGGGCUAUGCGUCCUCUUCGACGCGACCAAAUGCUGUAUGCGGCAAUGGAUGGCUACUGUUUGCUAAGACUUUAUGAUAAGAUCAAGACAAAAGCUCAAAAAUUAAGGAAUAUAAAGUGGACUAGACAUUACCGUGAAGCAGAUUGCACGCUCAUGGUACCUAAGGAAUAUGUAAAUGCAAAAAAGGAAAGAACUAGAGUUGAUGAUGCAGAAUUUAAGAAAAUGAUUGAAACUCCAUUUACUGAGAAUAUUUUCCCAUCUCGUUUAAAUACUGAUCUUGGUAGUUCAAAGUUAAAGAGGAGACCAAAAGAUUUGAAAGUGGUAGUGGAUGCGAUGAUGUACACUCUAGGAAAAAAUUUAAGAAGAUGCGGUAUUGAUACAGUCUUUGCGACCAAGCAAAGUGAUUUAGUGGAAUGGACACAAAAUGAUCCAGAAAGAUAUGCAUUGACUUGCUGGCAGCCUGAGUUUGAUCCAGACAAAAUUGGAUUCGGAAGAAACGUGUUGCCAUUACCGUGCACUCUAGGAGCAAACGUGAUUGGAGAACUUGAAUAUGUUUUGAAAUGGUUAUAUGUAGUAUUAUCGGAGGAAGAUCUUUAUUCGCGCUGCAUGCAAUGUAAUGCGAAUUGUUUAGUAAUUGCUCCGUCUCCGGUGCUAGAAGCAAUGUAUCAGACACAUAUUGCCCCACCAAAUUUCUCAUAUGAUAGAAUUUGUCAUGCUUCGGACUACUCAGAAAUUGAAAAUGUGGAAACUUUCUUUCUUACACAAGCAAUCGAUCCGAAAUUAUACUUUGGUUAUGGAUGCAAACUGGAAGUUAAUGAGAUCGAAAGGGAGGUUCUAGUACACUGCCACAACGGUUCUUUAGACAUCGAAAAUUGUCUAGUGUCUUGUAACCGCUCUGUUUUGCCAGUUCUAGUUAAAAUAAGUGAGGUUCCUUUCGAAAUUCUGAGUAAACGAGGCAGAAACGAGACAAAAUCUUUUACGUAUGUGGUGUAUGCGGGCACACUUUUGGGUAGAAAUGAUGAAUUGUCAUCACAUUAA